CUCCUCGUAGUUUGUUUUAGCAAGAUAUAUUUAGUGUGAUUGCAACUGCCGUCAUAACAUGCUCAUGUGGGCGCCCUUAUGCGAUUAGGUUCUACUUAUUACACGUAAAACAGCAUAUAUAGACAGCGUCAAGUACGUUAUUGCUUUAGUCCUAACCAGUACAUAUUUCACGUCGCAAGAAUAAAUUACACAGGGCAAAAUUUCUUCAUUAGACUCUUUGCAAUAAUGGUAAAAGUGCCUGCGUUAAUAUGGAUGCUACUUAUGGCGGUUGCAAUAACACAGACGAAACCAUUGCAUUCAUCAAAAAUCGACGAAUCUAUCAAUGAAAUCGAUCAUAACGCUAGUUUGCAAAGGAAUCUACUCGAAUUGAAAGAAGUGGAAGAAAAUUCUGCUUUAUCGACUAACGAGACAUCAAUAAAGGCUACCACGCAAAUUGAUGGAACAAACUCGGCAGCUGAUAUCAUAAUCGACACGACCGUACGACCUGUAACAACGUCAUCUAUUGUAAAACCGGGCCCAUUCUCUUGGUUUUUAACGCCGCUGACGCAAAAGAUCCAGUUCUCACCACAAUCAUUCUUACAAGAUCGCCUGGUGCUGUUAAAAGAAACACUGAAUAAUCUGGGCAUCAACGUGCUACCAAAUGCGACAGCGAGGCAAUUACUUAACCCCAGCGGUCUAGUGCAUUUCUUAGGCCCAAAUGAUUCUGGUUUUUAUACAAAUCGAUUAGAACCGGCUGGUUUCCUAGGCGGUAACGGCUGGUUCGCCAACAAGGGCGGCAUUCUCGGCGGACCUGGAGCCAUAGUCUCCACUGGUAGCCUCUUGACAGAUUAUCCGACAGCUUACAGGCGAAAGUAGGACGAACUGAAAUAUCGUAUAAACAAACAUGAAUGAAUAAACAAGGAAUGAAAAUCAUGUUUACAUGAGAAAUGUGUUUUGAUGCAUAACUUUUGAUCAUAAAAUUAU